ACGGUACUCACAACUUUCAUACCGAAUCCUGAGGCGGAGCGCGACGCAUUGCAGAUCUUGUUCGCGCAUUUGCUGUCAAUCAACUCACGUGUUCGCUCUGCGUGUGUUUGCAGGAGGUGUGACUUUACACAGAGAGACGAGCAGGAAUAAUAAAGCAGCAGUUUAGAAAAAAACUUGUUAACUUGUUGGAGCAGACUUGAACCGCGCGUCUUUCAAGUUUCUUUUAUAUUAAAAUGUCUGCAAAAGACGAAAAUAUGCACCCGUUCGAAGUGGUUAAAAAGUUACACAAAACAUUGACAUUGGGUUUACAGUGAACUGCCGUGCCGAAGUGUUAACCUGAUUUAUUAUCUGUCUUUCUCCUUAUCAAUUGUUGUCAGUGCUUCAGGAAAGGACAUCUGUUGUGUGUAUUUCCAUUUAUUUAUACAUCUCUCGUACGAUCUGUAAUAACUCAUUCAUUAUUAUUUUAUAUUUUCACAUUUCCAAGGGAAGUAAAAAAGACCAGUAUUAUUAUCCCUGUCUUCUGACUGUCGCCACCAGGGGCGUAGCACAGUCAGAGGAUAUCCAAUUUAGUUUCUCUGUGGCCAGACGUUAAAUAAAAUUUAAUUAUUGCCCAGCUACAAACAGCGAGCCAUUUUUAGCUAUCUGAUUAUGCAGCGCGAAUCUAAAAGAAGAAAGAAUCAAAAAUCGUAGAUAUAAAAACAGUAGAAGUGUCUCAUGUGAACGGUCAUACCAACGAGUACUUGUGUGUGAGUGUAACUUAGUAGGCGGUGGAAUAACAAAACGAGAAAAAGUUCACUGUUCUGCGUGUGAACGCGUGUGUGUUUUUCUGAGGGGGCAGUGAUUUCGGAGGAGGGGCCAUGAACAUAAUCAUUCUAUAACCUGCAUUCGGCUUCCUUCCUUUUAUUUGUAUCCUUGUGGCAUACGCCCCCCUCAUAUUACACACGAUGUACUUGCGUCAUGCCGGCAACCAAAGCCUACUUGAAUCAGCAUCAUCGUAAACAUCAUCAGCUAAACAAGAGAAAGAAAACAGUGUAACAUCACCACAUCCACUGUUAACCGAGCCAGGUCAGCGCUGACAACCCAACAAAGCAUCAAAAUCCACGCCGAGUACAACCAGGCUCCAUUCAGAACGUGACGGAAUAGGACGAAGACUGCAGACUACAGUAAUGCAUUGCUCUGUCGCAUCGCAACACAAUUAGGGUCUUCGGCGGGAGGGAGCUGUGAGCUGCGAGGGACGGAAAUUCUCUGAGAGGCGCCGUGAAACCCAGCACAAACUACAAGACGACCAUUGCAUCACAUAUGCCGAAGGCGAGGAGCGUGUCAACUCUUGCAGAAGCUGCCGACUUGUUGCAGAUGGAGGUGCUGUGGGGGCAGGCGGCGCUGCUGGUGCAGGUAGCGUGGCUGCUGGCUGUCAGCGUGUGUUCGUCUCCUGCUCCUUGGGAGCGCGCCAACGCUUCAGGGGGACUCUUCGAAGGCCUCUCUCCUCAAGACUACGGGUUACGCCCAGGGAAUCCUUUAGACGAACUUCCUCCACCUGAUCUCAUCGAGUCGCCCAACAAGAUGCUGGACCCCAAGCCACACGACCUCAACGCAACUGCCCUGAGAGCCAUGUUAGGCCGCAGCUUUGACAGUCUCUUCAUGAGUAUCACGCGACCAAGACACUCGAAUCGUAAUCAGUCGACUUCCAGCAGCAGUGAUCUUGUCGAAUUUCCAUUCCGACGCAACAAACGAGGGCGCCUGGUACCAGUAGGAGAGAUGCCACACUCUCUGCGUGAAAUGAAUUUCAGAUACAUCAGACUACCAGACGGCUCCCGUCUCCGUACGCGCAUUUCGGCCAAACUCAAGAAGAAAUUGCAACAGUUCCUGUGGGCCUUCACUGCCUGUCCCAUCGUCUAUCGCUGGAAGGACCUGGGGAUUAGAUUCUGGCCCAGAUACCUCAAGGAAGGACACUGUCCGGCAGGAAAGACGUCGUGCUCUAUUCCUCCAGGCAUGAAGUGUCGUCCUGCAGCCAAAGCCCACAAGACACUCCUCCGCUGGCACUGUGCGCAGUACCCUCAUCACCACCAUCACAAUUCUGGUAGCAACAGUGCAAACCAUCAUCGGAACCUUCUUUAUUCUUCAUCGUCAACGCUGAGUGCCACAGUAAACCCUACAGUUGCAGACAGUGGCAUGCUAGGCCUUUCAAACAGUGGGUCAGCACAUAAGCAACACUGUCACUGGAUAAAAGUAGAGUAUCCCAUUGUGACGCAGUGUUCGUGUUCCUGUCCCACUAAUGGCAGCAGUUACUCGUAGACUGACAGUUGCAUUCAUGCAAUGCACUUCCGUUUUAAGAGUUCUUCUGCGAACGCAUUCUCGAUAAAACCCUCUUUAAGGCGACUUCCUUGACCGAAGAGGUUGUAGCUGAUGGCUUGAGGUGGAGCCUCUUCUUAAACCACGGACUUCGCAGUUUUGACGAAGCCUCCGCCAUAUGUGCAUUCCUCGAGCGAGAAAUGUCUAACCAGGUUCAAGGACGACUAUUUAUUUAUCAGCCAAAUAAUGUUCACCAACGAUUCUUCAGAUAAAUAAAAAUAAUGUGUAGUUCUACAAAAAAAAAACAUUAUCACUUUGUACAUAAAGGUGUAUAUAGCUUACAUGCAGAAUCUUUUUAAACCAAGAACUAAAUUAAAUGUAGAAUAACUGUAAUGAUACUCUACUGGGGCAGCUACCUUCGGAUGUAUACCUCAGGAGUUAUUAAUGUCUCAAGAAGAAAGCCGAUAUCCAUGACUCUAAAAGAUGACAAAUUUGUACUACACUUACGUAUAGAAACGUAUAGGAAAUACGAAUUAGCAAUAUAUUUCAAUGUGAUCAGCUAGAACUUCCGAAGGAGGAGUACUUACAGGUUUGGAAGUCGCGCAGGAAGAACUGGAUUAAAUGCGGUUUACGAGUACUAUGUUUUAACUGACAAUUUAUCUGAGACAACCUGAAACAAGUAUUUUGGCCACGAUAUCACGUGAACAGCAAGAUGACGCAGAUAAUGAAGCUGAUCAGAAAAAAGUUUCGAUCACUUUGAUUCUUUGCGCUUCUCGGUGGAUUCUGAAACUCCUAGUCUUCUGUCUAUUAAGUGCCGCAUCUAAUGUUGAGUGCCAACCUUGCACUGGAUGUGAGAAGAUAAAUGCCUCCUAUCAUAAGGAUACUAACACGGAAACAAUAAGUACAAGACAGUAACUAGAUACAACAGUUCGUAUUAGCCGUAAAUACUAUUGUAGUCGCAAAGUAAAUUAUUAACACCAUUUUAACUUUACA